AUGGGGUUUAGAAAUGAGACAACCAUGUCAGAGUUCACCUUGUUGGGGUUUCCUGCAGUCCAGCAUCUGGGAAAGGUCCUCUUCCUGGUGCACCUGCUGGCAUACCUAGCCUCAAUCACAGGAAACAUGUUUGUAAUCACCAUCACCUGGACUGACCAUCGCCUUCAAACACCUAUGUACUUCUUCCUCAGCAGUUUCUCUUUCUGUGAAUUCUGUUUCAUCACCACAGUUAUUCCUAAAUUGCUGUCCAUCUUUCUUUUAGGACAGCAAACAAUUAAUUUUACAUCUUGUCUCACACAAGCCUUUUCUUUUUUAUUUCUUGGGUCAACAAUUUUCUUCCUCAUGACUGUGAUGUCCUUGGAUCGAUACCUGGCCAUUUGCAAGCCUCUACACUACCCAGCUAUCAUGACCCUGAAGGUUUGUUUCCUUCUGGUGUUUUUCUGCUAUAUCUUGUCCUUCAUUUUUAUCACUGGUGUGAUCCUGAAGGUUUCCCAGUUAUCCUUUUGUGGCUCCAACAUCAUACCUCAUUUCUUCUGUGACUUAGGCUCCUUAAUCCAUCUCUCCUGUUCUGAGACCAGAUCUAUUGAAAUGCUGGCCUUUGGUAUAGCUUUGUUUAUCCUUUUUACAUCCCUCAUUAUAACCAUCAUUGCAUAUAGCAACAUAGUAGUCACAAUCAUGAGUCUUCCAUCAGCCAAGGAGCGACAAAGAGCUUUCUCCACCUGCUCUUCUCACCUCUUGGUCCUUUCACUGAUGUAUGGCAGUUGUGUCUUCAUAUAUGUAAAACCAAAGCAAGCGAGCAGGCUGGACUCCAACAGGGAGGCUGCUCUUGUGAACACAGUGGUGACCCCACUACUGAACCCUGUGAUUUACACCCUGCGCAACAAGCAGGUCCACCAGGCUCUGAGGGAUGCUCUGUCCAGGGUGAAAUUGCAUAGGUAUCAAAGGAAUAGAAUACCGGGUAUUUGCCCACGAUGCCGUAGAGGGAAACAUUGGGCUAAUGAAUGCCAUUCUCAAACCACCAUAGAGGGUAUUCCGUUAUCAAAAAACAGACAAGGACCAAGUGUUUACCCACAAUAUCGUGGAGAAAGACAUCAGGCUCCAUUGCCAAAAAACGGACUGGAGGGCCCAAUGCUCCGGGGCCCAAAACCACAAAUAUACGGGGCAGUGGAGGAACCCAGCAACACCAUCAAGGUAGUGCCCAGGGCGCAUUAUCCAUUAAAUCCCUCAUCAGACAAACUAGAGGGAGCGCAGGGUUGGACAUCUGCGCCUCUGCGACAACACUCCAAGGAAUUAACAAGGGAACAACCACAUAAGAGAGAAAUCCUGCUUCCUCAGUUCAGAAUAGGCACCCUGGAGGGCUGCUCCUGGAACUCUGACUACCAGUCUGUUGCUGUUUCUCUUGAGUACUAA